AUGUCUGUUCAGUACGAGUCCUGUGUCAGAGGGGUUUCUUUCUACACCAUCAACUCAUCACCUAUCGUUCGUAAGAAGACUAAAAUGACGCCGGCGACAAAGAAGCAGAGAAAACUGUUGUUGGAGGAAGAGGAGCGACUGUCCAACAGAUCUGCGAUUUCACGUCGGCAGACGUCAUCUCCCAGAAUGCCGCUCACCUCCUACGUCACGUCCGGCGGUGCUGUUGGCGGGCAGAACGGGGUUGGCGCUGCAGAGGCUCCCUCAGCAGACGUCAAGCUGGCGACCGUAGCAGCAAAGAAAGGCAAGAAGGCCGAGGAGGAGGAGCCGCAGCCUGCAGCCCCCGCGGCAGCAGCAGCAGCAGCAGCCCCCACCGCCGCUGCCACAGCAGCAGCAGCAGCAGCACCAGCAGCAGUGGUGGCAACAGCAACAGCAGAAGCAACACCUGCAGCACCGGCAGCACCUGCCGCACCUCCAGCAGAGGAGGAAGAAGAGGAAGAGUAUGUGGUGGAGAAGGUUUUGGAACGGCGAUUGGUGAAGGGCAAAGUGGAGUUUCUGUUGAAGUGGAAGGGCUUCUCAGAUGAGGACAACACAUGGGAGCCAGAGGAGAACCUCGACUGCCCCGACCUCAUCGCAGAGUUCAUGCAAAAAUACAGAGAGAAGGAGGAGAAAAAGAAGGAGAGCAAGAGGAAAGCUUCCAGCGAUGCCUCGGGAGACUCAGAGGAGAAAGGGAGUAAGAGGAAGAAGGACGAGGGUGAGAAAGCCAGAGGUUUUGGUCGAGGUCUGCAGCCAGAGAGGAUUAUUGGAGCGACAGACUCGAGUGGAGAGCUGAUGUUCCUUAUGAAAUGGAAGAACUCGGACGAGGCCGACCUUGUCCCGGCCAAGGAGGCCAAUGUCAAAUGUCCCCAGGUGGUCAUCUCCUUUUACGAGGAGCGCCUCACCUGGCACUCCUACCCCACAGAGGAGGAGGACAAGAAAGAGGAGGAGAAAAAGGACUAGAUGAGUAGAGGAGGAGCCAGAGUGUGGAGGUGUAAGGGCGGGAAAUUGACAAUGCGCUAGUGAACUGUUGUCCAACCGACUCGACUCUAGCAGCCACUUUGGCAGAGAAAGUGAUUUAAAAAGAAAAAAAGAGAGAAGCUGCCACUGUCGCUGACGGAGGAGAAGGCGUUUGUUGUUUCUGCCCUGGAAGGAGAUGAGCGCGCUUUCCUCCCACUAAAGAUGCUCCCACUGGUGUCUCAGCAGAAAAUGUAAAAGAGGUACGUUGACACCUUUGCUCUCUGUCCCUCACCGAGGACGUGUCACCCGGCGGGAGUGCGUGCCUUUGUUCCGCUGCGAUUUCUCCAGGUUACAAACCUUUUUGUCUUGUUUUUGUACGAUCGGUGACAAGUGCUCGGUGACGGAAACGCAGGAAAAAAACCAUGCGGGCUGUCAAGCUACCUCUUUUACAUUCACGCUUCUGUGAGAAGCAGGCCCGACUGUUCCACUCUGGCAAGUUUGUCUCUCCUCCCUCGUUGCGACGUCCCGUAAAACCCCGAUGAGCGGUCGGAAGCGGCCAGUGGGAUCAUGGCUGGUUUGGAGAUGGCACAAAACACUGGAGGGGAACGUCUUUUGAGAGGGAAGGUAUUACAGAAGAGUGGAAGAAUGGACAAGAAUCCUUUUUUUGUCUCUUUCAGUGUCUGUUCUCUUUGUGCCGCCUGAGUUAUCAUCAUCAUGACGUGCCGCUGUUCUUCAUUUGAAACUCUCAGACACCAAACGCCUCCAUUUCACUCUGACCUGCGCUGACCAUUGAGGAGUGAGUGUUACAGCCUUCACGUAGACCCACCAGUCACCCACCAGUCUUUCCUAUCAGCCAACAUGGCCACCAACCAGCCAGUGUCUUGUUGUCGUGUGUUUGUAAAAAUAUUUUCCCCUUCAUUCCACUUUGUGACGGUUCAGCAUCUCGUCCUCUUCUGUUUCCUGUGUCUUUUUUGUUGUUGAAUGUUUUAAAAGAAAAGCUGGUGAAUAAGUAUUUUAUCAACCCUGAGUUACUGUGUCGUGCUCUUUAGUGAUGGUCGUCACUGAAUGUUGACCCGUCGCAGCACAGCAGAGCGAGUGAAAGCACACGUCUGUGUCGCUGUGACGGCUUUGAAUCCUAAACUUGUUUUAAAGUCAUUUCUUUUCACGGAUCCACAGCUGGUUGGUCACCUGUCAAAACGGCCGAUGGCGUAGACACGUGUUGUGACACCAGCUGGAGAAUCCACUGAGUGAUGGGCACAGUUCGUCUUCAGGUGAACACUCACAGUUGGAGUGGAGAGUCAAACACGUCCUUUGACAUUUCGAUUAGAUGGACAGUAUAUACAUGGUGCUAUAUAUCUUUUUAUAACUACAUUGUUCCGCCAAUGUUUGAAUUUUUUAAAAACAGUUGUAUCAGUCCUCACUGAUAAAAUGGCCGCAGCUGUAUUGAUUUAUUUCCAAUCAAGUCUGUAUUGGCACAUUUGUUAUGUACCUGUAAGUAAAAGUACAAAAAACAAAGCCAAAGAUAUGUUUUUAAACUGUUUGUCCACCAGAAAAAUAAGAUUGUUUUCUUUUUUAUUGGACUGCAUGGAAACAGGUUUAAGGCAGUCUUAAAAUGUCUUUAUGUUAGUGGUUUUGGUAACAAAGUCAAUGUCAUCGGACUGUUGUUGCGCUGAUGUCACAGUGACAGCUGGUGAUCAAACAUGUUGUCAGGGACGACUGUUAAUGCUGUGAUGUGUAGUAAAACAAUAAUGGAGCUUUCAAUGAUACAGUUGGAGCACUUUUUUUUGCUUUUCCAUCAGUGGUAGCACCUGGUACCUGGUGCUUUUGUUGGUACCUGCUCUGGUGAGCUUCCAAACGAGCUGAGCCGACAUCGUCAGACUGUGGGACAGUGUCGUCACUGGAAGAGUCAUGAGCACAGGAGUCAAACUGUAGAUCAGUUAAAAAGAUUUAAACAUCCUGAAGACGUGUGUUAAUCUGCAGCAUUUAUCGGAGGAGUCUCUGGUGUAUUUAGUGACUGCUGAAAGCCGGCGAUCGUGAGCCCAAUCACAACCCGUUCAGCUGUAUUUCAGUUCAGUGACAGUCGGACGGAGUCUGUGCUCCGGUCAUGCAGGAAUCGUUUUAAAGAACUGAUUCUAAUGAUUCAGUGACGCUCAAAACAUCUGCUUAGCUCUUGUCACUAGAAAAGAGUCGCGGGCGUGCCGUGCUGUGGCGACCCCGCCGACAGUGGAGUAGUGCUGGAACUGUGUCGUGGAGAAGCGCCACGCGAUGUCAGUGUGGGAACUGACCUGCCACGUGCUUCGGGCCAGUUAACACUACACCUAUUUUUGUCAUUUUCGGUACAGAGACGGUUUUGAGUAAUGAAAUCCAUGAUUACCAACAUACUGUGAACGUCGUGUACGGGACAGAACAGCAGUGUGUGUGUGUGUGUGUGUGCGCGCUGUGCCGUCGGCAGCCGUGAGGUGGGAGGUCCUCAUCCUCGUCCUCGUCGUGGAGGUGUUUCCUGGUGAGACUGUUGCUCCGUCACUCAGCUGUGGUUCACGGGGUUAAUGAAAGCUUGUAAAAACAAAACAAAAUCAUCUUCAUUCCACGCACGCUCUUCUUUUCUUAUCAUGACUCACCAUGACACUACAGCGCGUGUUUUCUUUAGCUUGGACCGGCCGGGCGACACUCGAGUCAGGAUGAGUCGGCACAUUUGGAUGAGGUGGUCGUUCCUCCUGCUCACAGACUGUCCUCUGUCCUACACACCUUGAUAUUUACAAAUGUACAACAGGAUAGAGCUUUUGAAUUCAGCAUGACUUGUGUAAUCCCAUCGAAUGUAGCCCGGCUGUACUCAUUUCCAAGCGUAUCGUAUUAAAGCUAAUGUAGCUUCCUCUGUUAGCAGACCCGGGGGUUAGCGAGUUGAAAUCUCUCGUCUGUGAGUUGUUAGCUGUGGGCGGCGGCCUUGUUUCGUGCCAGAGCACAUUUACAUUUUCCUCACGCCCCCAACCCUUGACACAGCAGCAGUACUGAACUCCAUUUUCUUUGUAAUCAUUUCAACGAUACGAUCCUUUGUAAAGGAUUCAUUCAGUUCAACACGUGACCGUACAUUGUGUAUAUGCAUUUUCACAACGCCAGAAAAGCUGUUUUUCAAGUCAUUUAUGUUCCUUUUUUAACUCUAAGGUAGUGGAGCUUUUUUUUUUAGCAUUGUUGCGUAAGGAAAACUCUUUUUUGUCGUCACUAUAUACACCAGUAUUACGCCGUAUACUCUGACUACCCUAUUUUAACACUGACGAGGAGGGAUUGACUGAGCUGUUACCCAGGUCUGCAGGUUAGCUUUUUCUGUCUUGUCUCUCCAGACUUUUCUCAGUGUGUAGCUGAUUAGCUCGUGUUGUCUUGUUGCUUGUAUAUUGUUUCUUCUUUUGGAAUGUUGCUGUCAUGGCUGAUCUUCCUUUUGUCUGUUUUGGACAAUAAAGUUUAUUUUCUGUUUGUUUUCAUAA